AUGAGAGUUUUGGUUAUAAUUUUUCGACGAUUUGUGCUAUUCGACGAAGUGAUGAAUCCGUUAGAAGUUAUUCAAAAUACCUGGACUAAAGGGAGGUGCUAUGGCUAUGUUGACGACAUUGCAGAGGAAGAAGAAUUGCGAAAUGCUGAAGUCGGUCCUCGUUAUUACAUCCAUCAUCACAGACCGGGUAAGGGUUGCCGGAAGGACGAGUGCAAAAACUGUGACGUAGACCCUCUCAUAGUUAGUACAAAGGGCCUGCUAGAAAUUCUACAAGCUGAUAACAUGGAGUUCGUUAAACCAUCUGCUUUUAAUAUGGUAAAAACAACUCCAAAUGUGGUUCGCCUUAAAUUGAAUAAAAAAGAAAAAGCGAAGAUCGUUGUGGGAUCGGAACUGAGGGUGCCAACUGGACACGUGCUAACGCCUGCUACGUGCACAAGAUACGCGGCAGUCUGCGAAGGCUGCCGGAGUAGCGUCUAUAGAACUCGGUAUCUUUACUGUAAAAAUUGCCCUGUAGUUAUUCAUAAUCAUCGAAAAUGCAAAAACCUACUGAAAAACAGGUGCCCGGCGCCAGAGCUCGGCAUUUUCGGUUGGGGAGAGGGGAAAGCCGAGCCAAAGAAAAUGCUGAGACAAGUCUUUGAUCUGGAUGACGUCAUGCUGAGUGAACCAUUAGAUGACAACAAAUGUGGCGGAUGCGGACGUGUUUUGGAUCCCUUGAAGGGCCAUCCCCCUCCUCCUCUGCCUGACCCCAAUGGACCUCAACCAGAACUCAAAGGUCCGUUUAAGGGGCUUCGUCGAAGUAUUUCGAAGGUCCUGCAUGGAGGGAAUACGAAAAAGAAGAGGCCAAAAUUAGAAUGUGCAAAGAAAGUCUAUGUCUGCCAUUUCACCAAAAAACAUUACUGUGAAAAUUGUCACUGGAAUGAUCACUGGUAUAUUCCUCCCUCCAUGAUACACAUCAAUGAUUACUCCAGGGAGCCUGUUUGUCGGGCAGCAUACUUAAAAUUACGAGUACUAUGGGAUACCGCGGUUGUUGCUAUCCCCGAAGAAUGGUUCUUCGAUACCGAAACGGGCAGUAAGUUUUAUUAUAUCCGGAAUAAGCUCAAAAUAAUGAUGCGCUAUAUCAGUGUUUGCUCGACCGCUCAAAACAUGCGUAAAUAUCUCGAUGAUUUACACGCUCCCCACCUUCUUGAAUGCUGUACCCUCCUUCGCAUGGUCGAUCUCUGUCAUGUUGUUGAGGGAGAUCUUUAUACUAAACUAAAAGCUAUUGAAGAGGCCUUUGAAGCCCAUGUCAAUAAGUGCUCGAUGUGUCUGAGCAUUAAUUUGAAGUGUUGCGUUUGUCGCGAAGGCCAACCCCUUUUGUAUUAUGCGGAUGAUGUGGGUAUUUGCCAUAAAUGCGAUCUUCCUUAUCAUCUGUGA